AUGGAGUCAUCAACAUCGGCCACUUUGUUUGAUACUACCGAUGUUGUUUUAUUGACAGCCAUUGGUUUAGGUACAAUAGCUUGGUUUAGUAGACGUCAGAUUUCUAACUUAUUAUUCAGUUAUAAAAAGAAUAAUAAAGUUAAAGAUUCAAACGUCAAUACUAUACCAAAGAGAGAAACUAACUUUGUUAAGGUUAUGCAAGAACAGGGUCGUCGAGUAAUUAUAUUUUAUGGUUCUCAAACAGGUACAGCUGAAGGCUAUGCUGCUCGAAUUGCUAAAGAAUGUCAUCAACGUUUUGGUGUAAGUUGUAUGACUGCUGAUUUGGAAUUAUAUGACUUGACUUAUUUGGAUCAAGUACCAGAAGAUAAACUUGUUAUCUUUGUUAUGGCUACUUAUGGUGAAGGCGACCCAACUGAUAAUGCUAUUGAAUUUUGGGAUCUUAUCACAGAUUCAGAACCUACAUUUUCUGAAAGUACAGACGAUAAGCCUUUAUCCAAUUUACAUUAUGUUAGCUUUGGUUUAGGUAAUAAGACAUAUGAACAUUACAACAGUGUAUCCCGUGGUGUCAAUAAACAUCUUCGAAGAUUGGGUGCUCAUCUUGUUGGUGAAGCAGGUGAAGGUGAUGAUGAUGGCUCAAUGGAAGAAGAUUAUUUAGCUUGGAAAGAAAGGAUGUGGCCAGCUUUUUGUGAAUUUUUAGGUGUUGAUGAAAGCUCUGCUAGAUCUGGACCUAGAGAGCCUGUUUACUCUGUUGAAGAAUUAAUGGAUUACGAGAAAGAUGCUGUUUACUUUGGUGAAUUGGCCGAAAAAGCUAAAGUUGGAGCUAAAAUGAUGUACGAUGCUAAACGUCCUUAUAAUGCUAAUAUGACUUCUCGAGAACUCUUCCAUGGAGCAGAUCGUCAUUGCAUGCAUGUUGAAAUUGAUAUUAGUAAUACCAAUCUAAGCUAUAAAACAGGCGAUCAUAUCGCUAUUUGGCCUACAAAUAAUGAAAUUGAGGUGAAUCGUCUUGCUUCUGUCUUGGGUUUAACAGAUAAAUUAGAUACAGUUAUUAUGGUUAAAGCAAUGGAUCCUACUGCUUCAAAGAAAUAUCCUUUCCCUGUACCUACUACUUAUCGUGCCGUUUUUAGAUAUUAUUUAGAAAUUUGUGCACCUGUUUCUCGUCAAGUGUUGACAUCCUUUGUUGAAUUUGCACCUUCUGAAGAAGCCAAAGGCUAUUUAACUCGCUUAGCGACAGAUAAAGAUGAAUUCCGUUUACAAGUAGGAGAUGCUUGCCGUAAUUUAGGUGAAGUGCUUCAAUUAGUUACCGGUCAAGAUACACGUCCAGGUUUAUUCUCUAAUGUUCCAUUUGAUUUAAUUAUUGAAACUUUAGCACGUAUGCAACCUCGUUUCUAUUCUAUCUCUAGUUCUUCAAAGGAAAGCCCUAAUAUCAUUUCAGCUACAAUUGUUACUUUAUCUUACCAACCUGCCACUAGACCUGACUGUACUGUAUAUGGUGUGAAUACCAACUUUUUAUACAAGAUUCAAAUGCAACAACAUGGUAUUAUCAAUGAUAAUCAAGACUAUCCCCCAUAUGAUUUAGCAGGACCUCGUCAAGCUUAUUUAGGAUCUGAUGGAAUCUGUCAUAAAGUGCCUGUUCAUAUUAGACAAUCUCAAUUUAAAUUGCCUCGUAAUCCUAAUGUACCUGUUAUUAUGAUUGGACCUGGCACAGGUGUUGCACCUUUCCGUGGAUUUAUUCGUGAACGUGCUUAUGAAAAGAAACAAGGAAAACCUAUUGGUACAACACUUUUAUUCUAUGGUAGUCGUAAUCAAUCCAAAGACUUUUUAUAUGCAGAAGAAUGGCCUGAACUCUUUGAGACAUUAGGAGGAGAUUCACGUAUUAUUACAGCAUUUUCUCGUGAUCAACCCGAAAAGAUUUAUGUUCAACAUCGUCUUCAAGAACAUGGACAAGAAAUUUGGAAUUUAUUACAAUCAGGAGCUUAUAUUUAUGUGUGUGGUGAUGCAAAGAAUAUGGCACGUGACGUUAAUCAAACAUUUGUUAACUGUGCUAUUGAAUUUGGAGGUAUGGAUGAUACUAAGGCUCAUGAGUUUAUUAAAGGUUUAAGAACCAAUGGACGUUAUCAAGAAGAUGUCUGGAGUUAA